AAUGAGAACUCACGUAAGACUCGACUACAUAUGAUUUGGUAGUUAUUUCAUAGCAAUCGCUGCAACUUUUGCCAAAACCUGAGAGAACGGCUUUUUGUGAGGAAGUUAUCACUUGUAUUGAGUAGUUAUUGAGUGUAUCAUAACUUUUUGGUGAACUUGUUCUCUAUCUCUCUCUCCGCUCUCUUCUCACUCUCUUCUGACUCUCACUUGUAUUCGACAGACUCUGUGUGUGUUUGUGUGUUGUAGUGACUGUUCGUAAACCACUGCUACCCUACCUGUGCUCCUGUGCUCUGUCUCUCUGCAGAUGCAUUCACUUCAUUAAACUUCACACUAAGAAAGAGAGUACGCAUUAAUCGGUUAAUGAGAUGGCGAUCGCAGACUCUGAAGAGGAGACCAUUAUCUACCCGAACGAAGAGUACAAAAGAGAUGCUCACAUAUCCAACAUCGAAGAGUAUCGUCGGAUGUAUAAGCGCUCCAUCGAAGACCCGGAGGGCUUCUGGACGGACAUCGCCAAAGACUUCUACUGGAAGUGCGCCCCGAAGAACGAGUUCCUCAAAUACAACUUCGACAUCUCGAACGGCCCGAUCUCCAUCAAGUGGAUGGAGGGCGCCGUCACCAACAUGUGCUACAAUGUUCUCGACAGGAUUAUCGACAACGGAUUAGGCGAUCGCAUUGCUUACCAUUGGGAAGGCAAUGAACCAAACAAUAGAAAACAAAUCACUUACAGUAAUCUUCGGCGAGAAGUUUGUAAAUUCGCAAAUGUUCUCAAAAGUAAAGGCGUUAAGAAAGGCGACAGAAUUGCUAUUUAUAUGCCCGUAACCAUUGAAUUGGUGACCGCUAUGUUGGCCUGCGCUCGGGUCGGCGCUAUCCAUUCAGUUGUGUUCGCUGGUUUUUCGGCUGAAGCCUUAGCCGACCGUAUAUUAGACGCCAAUUGUGUGCUUUUGGUGACAUCGGACGGCGCAUACCGGGGCACCAAAUUUAUACCAUUAAAGGAUAUAUCGGACGCAGCGUUAGCCGCCUGUAAACAAAAGGGUCAUCAAAUGUUAGCGUGUAUUGUGAACCGACACCUGAACCUGGGAGUGGAAGAGGCAGACGUGAAUAACAACCCUAAGCAACCACUGAUCAAAUGGAACCCUGAGGUCGAUAUCUGGUGGGAUAAAGUGAUGAAGACUGCCAGCGAUUACUGUGAGCCCACUUGGAUGGACGCUGAAGACCCCCUUUUCAUACUCUAUACAAGUGGCAGCACUGGGAAGCCUAAAGGGGUGGUGCAUACGAUCGGAGGGUACAUGAUAUACGCGGCGACCACUUUUAAAUAUGUCUUCAAUUACACCGACGAAGACGUCUUCUUCUGUACGGCAGACUUGGGAUGGAUUACCGGCCAUACGGUCAACGUUUACGGCUCUCUGGCCAACGGCACUACUAUAGUGCUGUUCGAAGGCACGCCUUUCUAUCCGAAUCCGGGCCGACUCUGGGAGAUAGUGGACGACCUGAAUGUGAACAUCUUCUAUACGGCGCCGACAGCUAUUCGUUCGCUAAUGAAAUUUGGCGACGAAUACGUCAAGAAAUACAAACGAACUUCGCUUAAACUGUUGGGCACAGCCGGCGAACCCAUCAAUCCCGAGGCCUGGUUCUGGUACAUGAAUGUGGUCGGCAAUGGCAAGUGUCCCAUAGUCGACACCUUUUGGCAAACGGAAACUGCGGCACCAAUGAUAACACCACUGCCAGGCUGUACGCCAAUGAAGCCGGGGUCGGCAACGUUCCCAUUCUUCGGUGUCGUGCCGGCGGUCGUCAACAACGAGGGCAAGGAAUUGCACGGACCAGCGGUCGGACAUUUAGUAUUCAAGAGGCCGUGGCCUUCGAUCGCUCGCACUGUCGAUGGAAAUCAUGAACGUUUUGAAAUGACUUAUUUUCACAAGUUUAGGGGCUAUUUCUGUACCGGAGAUGGCGUACGACGAGAUAAAGACGGGUAUUAUUGGAUUACCGGCAGAUCCGAUGAUAUGCUGAACGUUUCCGGACACUUGUUAUCGACAGCAGAGGUGGAGUCGGCUAUUGUUGGCCAUAAGGCCAUAGCCGAGGCGGCGGCGGUGUCGACACCGCAUCCAAUAAAGGGUGAAUGUCUCUACUGUUUCAUUGUACUCAAGAAUGGAUUUGAAUUUAGCAAAGAAUUAGAGCGAGACCUCAAAAAGAGAGCACGCGAUAAGAUCGGAGCGCUGGCGGCCCCGGAGGUCAUUCAUCCAGUCAGUGGUCUCCCGAAAACCAGAUCCGGAAAAAUUAUGCGAAGAAUUUUGGCCAAAGUUACGAGAGAUGACUGCGAAUUGGGAGACAUCUCAUCGAUGGCCGACGAGUCCAUUCUCGACGAACUCUUCUCCACUCGACAUAAAUAUGCUUUCAAUUAAACCAAAGCUAUUUCUGUCCUCUUUCUUACAAAACAUAUCAUUUUUUCUCAAACUUUCUUUUCUAUUGUGGAGAAAAAUAAUUGUUUUGUCACUUAAAUAUGAAAAAUUGUUUUUAAAACUUAUUUUUAAAGUCACCCAAACAGUGAGAAUACAUUUUUUAAUAUUAGUUUUUUGUCAUUUUUAGCGCUUUUUAGUAUUAUUUGCUUAAUUCUUAGAAGAAUUAAUUGAUAAACAAAUAAUGAAAACACAUUCACAUUAAUUUCCAAACAAAUACUGCUUAUAAAUACGAUUUAGUAAUGCUUUUUAGAAAUUAUUUUUUAAUAUAACGUUAUAAAUAUGAUAAACGAAUGCCUAUAAUGUAAUACUUGUAAUAUAUUCUGGUAUAUAAGUUAUAUUUCUAUUGAUGGCAUCCUUUUACACAUUCCCUGUGUUUUAUUCCUGUGUUUCUAAACUAUUAUUAUAAUUAUUUUAUUGAAAUCUUUGAGUUAAUACGUGAAAUGACAUAACUCUACAAUUAAAUUGUUAUACACAUUGUUAUACAAUUGUAAUCUCAAUGUAGAGCUUCUUCUCCUUCACAAAAACCCUAUCCCUAAGCCAUAAGCCGUUUCUCCUUUUUUCUUCCCCUCCGACUGUCAUGUCUUGUGAUUCGCUGUUUUACGUGGUGUUUAUGAUAAGGUUUUUGAUGUUGUUUUUAAUAGUAUUCACAAUUGACGUGUAUUUUUUGUAAUAAAAUAAUUUUUCGCGAAA